CUGAGCGGCGGCGAUGGCGCAAGGCGGGCGGCGGGCGCGCGGCGCGGGGCCCUAGCGGGGCGGGCGUGCUCGGGACGGCGCGGUGGCCGCGCAGCCAUGGCCGGGGAGCGGCGCCGGGCGCUGCUGGAGCUGUUGACGCGGCCGGGGAACGCGCGCUGCGCUGACUGCGGAGCCCCGGAUCCUGACUGGGCGUCCUACACCCUGGGUGUGUUCAUCUGUUUGAGCUGCUCUGGGAUCCACCGGAACAUCCCCCAGGUCAGCAAGGUGAAGUCAGUCCGUCUGGAUGCCUGGGAUGAGGUCCAAGUUGAGUUCAUGACAUCUCAUGGGAACGAGGCUGCCAGAGCCACAUUUGAGUCCAAAGUACCACCCUUCUACUACCGGCCCACGUUUUCCGACUGCCAACUCUUACGUGAGCAGUGGAUCCGUGCCAAGUAUGAGAGGCAAGAAUUUGUUCAUGUGGAGAAGCAGGAACCGUACUCUACAGGAUACCGUGAGGGUCUUCUCUGGAAGCGUGGCCGGGACAAUGGACAGUUCUUAAGCCGGAAGUUUGUGCUGACAGAACGAGAGGGUGCCCUGAAAUACUUCAACAAAAAUGAUGCCAAGGAACCUAAGGCUGUCAUGAAGAUUGAGCACCUGAAUGCCACCUUCCAGCCAGCCAAGAUCGGCCACCCCCACGGCCUGCAAGUCACCUACUUGAAGGACAACAGCACCCGAAACAUCUUUAUCUACCAUGAAGACGGCAAGGAGAUCGUGGACUGGUUCAAUGCACUUCGAGCAGCCCGCUUCCACUACCUGCAGGUCGCUUUCCCAGGAGCCAGUGAUGCAGAUCUGGUGCCCAAGCUCUCUAGGAACUACCUGAAGGAAGGCUACAUGGAGAAGACAGGGCCCAAGCAGACAGAAGGCUUCCGGAAACGCUGGUUCACCAUGGAUGACCGGAGACUCAUGUACUUCAAAGACCCCCUGGAUGCUUUUGCCCGAGGGGAAGUCUUCAUUGGGAGCAAGGAAAGCGGUUACACGGUCCUGGAGGGCCUCCCACCAUCUACCCAGGGUCACCACUGGCCCUACGGCAUCACCAUUGUCACCCCUGACCGAAAAUUCCUGUUCACUUGUGAGACGGAGUCAGACCAGAGGGAGUGGAUUGUGGCCUUCCAGAAGGUGGUGGACAGGCCCAUGCUGCCUCAGGAGUAUGCAGUGGAAGCCCAUUUCAAGCAUAAACCCUAAGGAAGAGAGCCCGGAGGCCCCAGGAUUCUGCGCUCAUGUGGCUGGACAGGCGGCGCUGGACAGUAGGGGAGCCCAGCCUCCUGGCCCCCACUCUGUUCCUUGGUGUGGCCCAGGCAUGGCCAGGUGGGGCUCAGGCAAGCCCAUUGGAUAGACAGUUUUUCAGAACCUCAUUAAAGUUGAAGGCAGACUUGGUUCUGGGCCUCACCUGACCCUGGCCCUGUCACGAUGCUCCCAGCCACGCCCAGCCGACCCAUCCACUUUCCUGCUGCUGGAAGCCCUGCCUCCCAACUUGAGCAGGACCCUACUAACUCUUCUGGCCUGGGGGAUCUUGGCCUCAGGACAGGACUUGGUGCUGGGCUGCUGUGGACAGCCAUGGACAGCCAUGGACAGCCAUGGACAGCCAUGAACAGCUGUGGCAGCGGGCUGGCCUGGCUGCUGGGGACUCACUCUGGGACGUGCCGCAUGCCUCCCCUUUCCUCCCCCCACCUCAACAAGUAUUUAUUGAGCACCUGCUGUGUGCCAGUCAGGGAUCAAGGGUCAGGGGUCAGUUCUCCUUCCCCUGGGGCUGACCCAGCUGGGGCACCGGGGAGGGGUCAGGUAUUUUUCCAAGAGAACUGUGUGCACAGCCCUGCGCCCACCUGUUUGGGGCCCACCAGUCCCCUUGAAACAGCUGGCUGGGGCGACGGGGAGAGAGCUUAGCCUGCAGGGUGCAGUGCAUGGAACCCAGUAGUGGUUUCCUUGGGAGCCAGGGAGAGCCCCACCCCAUCUGCUUCUGGGCGUCAGUGCCCAGCUCGGUGCUGUCCCCGCUUUGUAACCCAUGCCCCCUGGCCCUGACCUUACAGUCUUCAAGCCCAAUAGAGCCCAGGCCAAGAGGCAGCCAUGGGCAGGAGUGGCUGCCCCCAGCCCUGAUUGCUGCUGGCAGGCCAGUAGUUACAGCUACGUGUAUUUAUUUCCCCUGCUGCCCUCUGGCUACCCCAACAGAUGGGCUCCCUUCUACGGGAUCCCCAAAGGGCAGGUCCUGGCCGCUGGACAGCAGGGGAGCAUUGAUGGGGGACGCAUCUGUGAAUGACCUGGCCCCUUGUCAAAGCUGCGCCCCAGGGAGCUGGGGGGAGGGGUCCUUAGUUGGGCUUCUGCUGCCCUGUGUCAUGUCCCCUGGAAUAAAGUGUGGCUCUGGCGUUGUCA